AUGUAUAAUAAAUUAUACAUUUUAUUCACAUUUUUAUUAUUUUUCAAAUACAUAUAUACAGAAAUAUCUAUACCAGCUAAUGCUGCUAAUGGAGUCUUAAAUUCAUAUUUGAUCUUAGAUGGAACCUAUUCAUACCAAGACGCUGUUGCUCAGGGUCUUUCAAGAAGUUCAGACGGUUACAAAGGAUAUAUUCUAACGAUCGAGUCUAAAGAAGAAAUGGAUUAUAUUAAAACCUCUAUUCCUGUAUCAGCCACCAGUUUCUGGCUUGGAGCUUCAAAGUUAGAUACCUAUGGUAAUCAAUGGGGUUGGAACAACGGAGUUAUGAGAAACCAACCGUUCUAUCAGACAUUCCCAGAGCGAUGCUUUAGUUAUUGUGGAAAUUUCCAAGGUUACAACUCUUCAUUAACCGGUACACCAGGAAUUAUUUUCAACCCAAACAACGAUUGGUUUGUAGUAAACAGUAAUGAACCACAGAUGGUUAUUUUGGAGUUUGGACCUGACAAUAGUGCUAUACCAAUCUUUGGCUAUCUCGAUUAUAAUAGUCAGGAUUUUGAAAUCUCUCAAUUCGCAAGUUGGAGAGGUACUUUUACAGUCAGCUUUUCUUUUAGUUUUGGACAGGUUCCAUGUACUCAGAUUACUGUCUUAUCGGACACCGAUAGAAAGGUACGAUGCACUCUAGUUCCCAAACCAUCGAGUUAUACAGGAAAGGUGAAAAUCACAAUCGCUAUUACAGGAGGAAGUAAUAGUAACUAUUUCUAUUAUUUCAAUUCACCCUAUUUCCAAUCCUUUCAACAGUCAGGCCCUCAGUUGUCGGUUUUUGGUCUAAAUUUUCAAGCAAUUUCAACAAGCACAUUAAAUAUUGGAGGUGUUACCGUUAACAUUCUUACAGAUACAUCCAACACUCCAAAUAGGAUGACUAUUAAUAUGAUAACAGCUCCAUCUAUACUCAGACCAGUUAUUUUAUCUGACACCAACUACAUUUAUGUAAAUAGACCUUCAUUUAUUAAAAAUGGAUUGCUUUAUGCUUACAAUCCAAUUGAAAUGCUUUACCAAGAUGCAGUAACAGCUUCAACACAGUCAACAUUAUUAAAUUCAAAUGGUUACUUGGCAUAUAUAAAUACAGAGGAAUUGGUUACUUUUAUUAAAAAUUAUUUUGUUCCUUCUUUUUUUAGAAUAUGGACAAACAUCCAGUAUGCUUCAGGAUCAGGCUUCAGCUACUACAAUACUUCAAUUGGUGGCCCCUCAGAGAUACCAAUCAUCUCAUCUGGAGGAACUACAUGUUUCUUUUAUGAUCUUUUUAUGAACCAAACAAUUGGCUCAGCACUGAAUCCAGCUCUUAAAUAUCCUACGAUCGUUGCAUAUGGUGUGCAAAAGCCUCAAAUUGAUACAUCUAUUCAAGUUGGCACAGUACCAACUAUCGGUGGUGUUUUGACUCUAAGUAUGCUUUCAAAUAAUGGUUUGCCAGGUGGAAAAAUUUCAAUUAAGUUGCCGACGUCGACUUCUACUGGUACUAUUACCUAUGAUAGAAGACUCCAAAUAGUAGUUCCUGCUGGAACUGGUAAAAAUAUUCCAUCUACAAUCAAGGUGUCAAUGGACCAAAACAUUAAUCCUUUCAACGGUCAAUUUAAUUAUGCUUUUAGUUACAAUGGACCAACAAUCACAGAUAUUUCAUCAACCGGAGCUCUACCUGGAAACCUCACUAUUACUGGAGUAGAUCUGGGAUUAUCGCAAACUACCCGAUCGGUUGGAGGUUUUCCAUGUGUAAUUAUAGACUAUUUAUUGGUCCCCCAACAGAAAAUUGUUUGUCAGUUUAUAUCAUUACAACCAAAACAAUCGAAAUACUAUAUCAAUGUAACCGUAGAUGGACAAACUUCAAAUUCAUUGGAGUUUUCACCGAUUUGGAUCGAUGGAUUUAGUCCUUCAGCCUUAUCAUUGGAUGGAGGUCUAGUUGAAAUAACUGGUAAUGGAUUCGUUAAAAACUAUACGGUUCCACCUACCAUCCCUCUCCCACCGGUCUAUGUGUUGGUGAAGGAAUCAAACCAAAACUGUACCAUUGUAAAUGUAUCCUCAGAUAAGAUUCAAUGCACACUACCCCCACACAGUUCAACGCUUUUAUUCAGUAUCGUUGUUGUACUCGGUAGUGAAAGAGUAGAAACACAAAGACAAUUUUCAUAUCAGGAAUUUGAAAUAACUAAAAUAGAUAAAUCUGGUGGUAUGGUAGUCAAAUUAACCGGUUCAUACUUUAGUUUAUAUCACCCGAAUUGGAAGUUCUCCGUUGGUGCAGGUAUUCCCAGUUUGGUGAAUAUGAUUGAUGAUGAAAAUGUUGAAAUUACUUUUAGUUCUAAUUGUACAAAUGGGUUUUUCGAAAUUAAAUCUAAAGGUGGUUUCUUCACUUAUCAAUCUAACCAAAAUUGGUGUAAUACCUCAAAUAUUAUCAGUAAAUUCAACUAUUUUAGAUCCAAAUCAAAACAUCAUGAUCACGACUCAAUUCAUGGAUUAUCUAACGUAUUGGAGAAUAUCGUUAAACCAUAA